UAUCGAUACAAAAAUGCUUAAACUAAUGUAAUUAUGUAAAUUAUUAAAUCUUAAGAUGAUUACUUCACAAAUAUUCGGAAAAUGUAUUGAUAUUUUGAAAAAGUGUUAGUUCCCAUGAACCACUAGUUUCGCCAUUUUGAAAAAACGUCUCUGACUUGAAGAUGUAAUCAGAAAAUGAAGAGGACUUGGCUCAUCGUUCAACUAAUUGCCUAAUCUUAAAAGUUUCACCAGCAUCAUCAUUAUGGAUCCAGAAUAUGAAAAACGCCUACUUAGACAACAAAAUGGUGGUUCACCUUACUCCUCUCCAUAUUCAUCACCAUUGUCGCUUAGUCCGGGAAGCCCACUAUCAUCACCUAGUAAAGACAAAUAUGGUGACAGAUUUAUACCAGCAAGGGCAGGGGCAGCAUGGCAUAUCAACUUUAAUUUAAAUACAGAAAGUCCCAGGCAGUCCCCAGUUGCCAGUAGGAAGGCAAGGGAGGUUGCCAACGACCAGGCAAAAGAUGGGCUGGCCUACAACUGUCUCCUGAAGAAUGAGCUCCUCUCAGCCGGCAUUGAAGAUCUGAAGGACCAACAGCCAGAUGAACGAAGAAUACUUGUACCAAAAGAAAGCAAAAAUUUAUUCAGGUUUCAUGUCCCACGCAGAAGUUCAGACACAGAAUCCUCACCAUAUUCUCUCUCACCAGUUGGUAGCAAAAGUCAGAAACUAUUACGAUCACCUAGAAAGGCUGUCCGAAAAAUAUCAAAGAUACCAUUUAAAGUAUUAGAUGCACCCGAACUUCAAGAUGACUUCUAUUUGAAUCUUGUGGACUGGUCAUCUCAAAAUGUGCUCAGUGUUGGUCUGCAUACAUGUGUGUACUUGUGGAGUGCGUGCACCAGUCAGGUGACACGACUGUGUGAUCUCUCAAACGACGGUGACAAAGUGACCUCAGUAUCUUGGGCAGAGCGGGGCAAUCUCGUAGCUGUGGGUACACAUAAAGGGUAUGUACAGAUCUGGGAUGUGGCAGCAUCGAAAAAAAUCAACACACUUGAGGGGCAUAGUGCAAGAGUUGGUGCUUUGGCAUGGAACGGAGACAUGCUGUCAUCGGGGAGUCGAGAUCGACUUAUCCUUCAGCGAGAUAUACGCACACCAUGCAUCGCCCCAGAGCGACGUUUGACCGGCCAUAGACAGGAAGUGUGCGGACUCAAAUGGUCACCAGACCAUCAGCACCUAGCCUCAGGGGGCAAUGACAAUAAAUUGUUUGUGUGGAACAUGAACAGUGUGUCCCCUGUGCAAACCUAUACAGACCAUCUAGCGGCUGUGAAGGCUAUAGCGUGGUCUCCCCACCAGCAUGGCUUGUUGGCCAGCGGGGGCGGUACUGCAGACAGAUGUAUUCGCUUCUGGAACACGCUUACAGGGCAACCAUUACAGAGUGUGGACACUGGUUCUCAAGUGUGCAAUCUCGCUUGGUCCAAACAUUCUAACGAACUGGUGAGCACCCACGGCUACUCUCAGAACCAGAUCCUGGUGUGGAAGUACCCCUCUCUAGUCCAGAUAGCCAAACUCACAGGCCAUUCAUUCAGAGUGUUGUACCUUGCAAUGUCACCAGACGGUGAAGCCAUAGUUACUGGUGCCGGGGAUGAGACCCUUCGCUUCUGGAAUGUCUUCAGUAAAACACGCUCCACUAAGGAGUCUAAGUCUGUGCUGAAUUUGUUCACUCGUAUCCGGUAAACUGUGUUCCAGUCAACUAGAAAUUUGCCACCAAAAAUCAUGUCAUUUGGAAUUUUACUUGUACUUUAUUUUGAUUGAUACAUGCAUGCAGCAUUUUCACUGUGUAUAUGUUAAUUUAUAAAAGCCUUUGAUAUUUAGUUUGGUAUGAAUGCAGGUGUGGUGUGUCUAAUCAUGAGCAAAUGGUUCAUAAUAAGUUGAAGAUUCUGUGUAUUUUCUCAGCUAAACUUGUGUUAUUGAUAAAGUUCAAGUCAUAACUUUAAAAUCAUGAUUUGUAUUUUAAUCUUUUCUUUGGUAAAUCUACUUUACACUAUUUUAGAACUGUUUUAUUAUCAUAUACACACACCCUUUAUGUAAUAUGUUAUAGUACAAUUUUGUACAUUUUUGGGGUACGGGCAUUUUGUUGUGCUUUAUUGUUUCUAUCUUUUUAUGGGAAUUAUACAUGUUUUAUGUAUUGGGAAUUUCUAAACAAUGUGGAAAAAAAAAAGAAAAAGAUACAUGUACAUCUUCAUUUGAGUAAUUAUGGCACAUUAUGAUAUGCUUGUCUUGAUUGAUUCAAGACAGCUAUUCAUUGUUAACAAGUUAAAUAGAUUACCUAAAGUGAGAAUUCAGUUUUUUAAUAAGAAUUUUUGUUGCGGAAUGUAUCUCAUUUAAAAAACAAUAUUUGACCAUAUGUACUCUGUGGACAUCAGAUUCUAUUUAAUACAUAUCCUUUCUUGGUUUGUGCAUUUUAAAUGCUUUUCUCACACUCAAGUUACUGGUUUAACACUUACAAAUAAAACAAAAACCUGUUGUACAAAAAGAAUUACCACCAUAUGGAUUUUGCAAAGUUGGUUCUAAUAGUAAUAAUUAUCAACGUUAUUAUGCGUUACCGCUUGUAUAAAUAGAUAAAAGUAUUAACAAAUUAUUAAAUGGUUAAAUUUGCAUUGUAAUUGUUUGUCUGAUCAAAGUAUUGGUGAAAUUGGCCAGUAAAAGACACUUUGCUUUGUACAUCAGACAACUGGUUGUGUUCUUCAAUGCACAUUUGUAAGAAUAGCUAACAUUUACUUAAAGUAAAAAAAUGAAGAGAAAAGGUAUUUUCGAUAACUUCAUCCCACGAAGAUAUAAUAAACUAUUAAUGCUUUUUAUGCCCCCCUUUCGAAGAAGAGGGGGUAUAUUGCUUUGCUCAUGUCGGUCUGUCGGUCGGUCUGUGGGUCUGUCGGUCCGUCCACCAGGUGGUUGUCAGACGAUAACUCAAGAACGCUUGGGCCUAGGAUCAAGAAAACUUCAUAGGUACAUUGAUCAUGACUCGCAGAUGACCCCUAUUGAUUUUGAGGUCACUAGGUCAAAGGUCAAGGUCAUGGUGACCUGAAAUAGUAAAAUGGUUUUUGAAUGAUAACUCAAGAACGCCUAGCCUAGGAUCAUGAAACUUCAUGGGUAGAUUGAUCAUGACUUGCAGAUGACCCCUAUUGAUUUUGAGGUCACUAGGUCAAAGGUCAAGGUCACGGUGACCCGAAAUAGUAAAAUGGUUUCCGGAUGAUAACUCAAGAACGCAUACGCCUAGGAUCAUGAAACUUCAUGGGUAGAUUGAUCAUGACUCGCAGAUGACCCCUAUUGAUUUUGAGGUCACUAGGUCAAAGGUCAAGGUCACGGUGACCCGAAAUAGUAAAAUGGUUUUCGGAUGAUAACUCAAGAACGCAUACGCCUAGGAUCAUGAAACUUCAUAGGUAGAUUGAUCAUGACUUGCAGAUGACCCCUAUUGAUUUUGAGGUCACAAGGUCAAAGGUCAAGGUCACGGUGACCCGAAAUAGUCAAAUGAUUUUCGGAUGAUAACUCAAGAACGCUUUUGCCUAGGUCCAUGACACUUCAUAGGUACAUUGAUCAUGACUUGCAGAUGACCCCUAUUGAUUUUGAGGUCACAAGGUCAAAGGUCAAGGUCACGGUGACCCGAAAUAGUAAAAUGAUUAUCGGAUGAUAACUCAAGAACGCUUUUGCCUAGGAUCAUGACACUUCAUAGGUACAUUGAUCUUGACCCGCAGAUGACCCCUAUUGGUUUUCAGGUCACUAGGUCAAAGGUCAAGGUCACAGUGACAAAAAUCGUAUUCACACAAUGGCUGCCACUACAACGGACAGCCCAUUAUGGGGGGCAUGCAUGUUUUACAAACAGCCCUUGUUUCAUAUUUAAUAUUGUUAAUUAACAGUUGAGCCUGUAGAGUUGUUUAAAUUGGCAAAUAUACAAUAAAAAACAAAUGAUGCUCAAUUACAACAUAGUAUCAAUCAAUGUAGGUUGAAAGAUUAUUGUGAAUGUUGAAAAUGUUUUAUUGUGGAUUGCUUGUAGAAAUUGUGCAAUAGUUUGAUGUUUUUCCAGGUGAGAAUAUCAUGCGUGAUUUCUGUUGAUUGUAGCGUAGCAAGAGUCUUUUAUAAUAUAUUGUAAAAUCUGUUUUAUUUAUAUUUGUGUUGUUUGAUUCGUGUUCAGUUCUGUGUACGUUCUGCAUUUCAGUUGUUAACAUAUUUAUGUUUAUCAUUUGUUCCAGUGUUAAUUUCAUUUCAUGUUCUUGUACCAUCUUUUAAUACAAAUUUGAGCUGCACUCUGGAGAAACAUGGCAUAAUGCAUAUGCAGUCCAUGCAGGCUGAUGUUGGAUGACAUUUUCAUGAAAGCGGAAAGUUCCAGUCUUUGCUAAUCUUUAGAAUACAUAUAAGCACAUGCUUUAAGCCUGGUUUUCCCAGAGCAAGGUACAAAUUCAAAUGUGGCCAAUUCUAAGUACAACAUGCACAUUAAUUUCAUAUAUGAUCACUGUUAGCUUGCAAUUUAUUGGAACAAUUUCAAUUUUUUCCUAAUUUUGAUUAUCAGGACGCAUUGUCCUCAGUAUCUUUCUUGCCAUCUGACCUAGAAUAUCAUAUAGUAAUAUUCAAAUGCAUAAGACUAAGAAGCCCUGUUGAAGUCAUUUCACAGACUUGGUGUUUUGCCAUAGUGUCCUGUCCAUAUAUGAUAAACAUGAUAAAACAAAUUAUAAUGUUGAUCAAGCUUAAUAUAUAUGUUCAAGCAGUCUGUUUAUAAUGUAAGGUAUGUAAUUAAAAGGGAAACAUAUUCAGUUAUUAAUUAACCAUGUAAGUAAAUAUGUAUUAAAAAGUUUAUAUUUUGUUUGUUUCAUUUAGAGAGUUUGUUUAUUGUACUGUAUAUUAUUUUAAUUAAAAACAAAAUAAACUGGAAA